AUGAAGCAAGACGAGGUUGAAAGAGAUGAUGAUGAUGCUGAGAAGAUCAAUGCUGAAAAAGAAAACAGAGAAAAAUUGGCAAAGAGUCAGGUGGUCGAAUUGGUUAAGACGGGAGAUCUUUUCCUCAACAAAACAGUUUUGAAAGCGAGGUUUGAGUUAUGUGCAAUGAAGCAUAACUUUCACUACACAGUUACCAACUCCAAUAAAUCAGUUUGGUGUAUUAGAUGCGCUGAUAAGGUGUGCUUUUGGGGUGCUCGAGCUGAGUGUUUGAAGGGCUCCACAUAUUUUAUUAUUAAGAAGUAUGUCGGUGUACAUUCCUGCGCACCUUCAAACAAAACCAGUGCCGGAAGGACAGCUUCAGCGAAAACGAUAGGCAAUCUGAUAAUGCAUAAAUAUGAAGGUAUCAAGGAAGGGCCUAAAGCGAAAGAUAUUGUUCAGAUUAUGCGCAAUGAUUAUGGAUGUGAGAUCUCUGAAUCUUUAGCAUGGGAUUCCCGUGAAUAUGCAGUCAACGCUGUUAGAGGUAUUCCAGAGGAAAGUUAUGGGAAAAUACCAAAAUAUUUGCACAUGCUGCGAGAGGCCAAUCCGGGUACACAUUCCUCUUACAAGACUGACGUCGAUGGUAGAUUUCGAUAUCUGUUUAUAGCGUUUGGUCAAUCGAUCAGAGGCUUUAACACAGUCAUGAGGCGUGUCAUUGUUGUCGAUGGAACAUUCUUGAAGAGUAAAUUCAAAGGGGUGCUACUGGUUGCAACUGCUAUAGAUGGAAAUUCAAAUUUAUAUCCUAUUGCAUUUGGGAUAGUAGACUCUGAGAAUGAGCAGUCUUGGGAAUGGUUUAUGAGAGAAUUAAAAGUUGUUGUUGCUGAUGAUAAUGGUUUGGCUUUUAUUUCGGAUAGACAAGUGUCAAUAGCGAAGGCAGUGGAGAAAGUGUAUCCCCUAGCGAGACAUGGGGAAGGGAUUAGCUGGGUUGAUUUCUAA